GGAAGAUGGCCAACUACAGCGCCAACCAGUUCGAAGAUGCCUACAAAGCUUCACUCCUCUCAAGCUGGGAUGUCCCCAAGGCAACUAAGCUCCCUUCCACCCACGACGGUUACACCCAGAUCAUCGCCAAUGACCGUGGCCACCUGCUGCCCUCAGUCCCGCGUUCCCAGGCCAAGCCCUGGGGCACCUUCAUGGGCACGUGGGAGAUGCCCCUCCGGAUCCCCCCAGCUCAGCUGACCCUGACGGCUCGAUCGGCGGCCGGCGCGGCCCGCCUCACCGACUGGGUGCGGAAGAGCCGGAGUCUCACUGAAGCCUGCAACGGGCUGCGCCCCCAAAUCCGGGGGAAGCCCCAGGAGCCGCCGGAGGCCCCCAAAGAAGGCCCAAGGGUCCCCGACGGAGGGGCCGCAACCCCGCAAGCCCCCAAAGGGACUACUCCCCUGGCUCCGGCCCCCAGUCGCCCGCCUUCCAAACUCCGGGCCUCUUCGGGCCCCCGCGGUCCGACUCAACUAGCCGGAACUCCGGCCUGCAAGCCUGAAAUCACCGCCCCCAAGGCCCCCAACGCAGGUCCCAGCCGCCCCCCGUCCAAGGGCUUCGACCCUCAGAGCCCCCGCAGCCCGACCCGCAGCCCCAAGGCCCCCAACUCGGGUCCCAGCCGCCCCCCGUCCAAGGGCUUUGACCCUCAGAGCCCCCGCAGUCCGACCCGCAGCCCCAAGGCCCCCAAUCCGGGCCCCAGCCGCCCCCCGUCCAAGGGCUUCGACCCUCAGAGCCCCCACAGUCCGACCCGCAGCCCCAAGGCCCCCAACUCGGGUCCCAGCCGCCCCCCGUCCAAGGGCUUCGACCCUCAGAGCCCCCGCAGCCCCAAGGCCCCCAACCCGGGCCCCAGCCGCCCGCCCUCCAAGGGCCGUGCCCCUCUGAGCCCCCGCGACCCGGACCCCAGCCGCCUGACUCCCCCCCGCUCCCCCGGCCCGACCGGAGCGGCGGGGAGCCCGGACCCCGGCCCUAAGGCCCCCGCCCCGACCCCUAAUUCGGGCUCCGGCCCAGCGGUGCCACCGGGCAGCAGCGCGGGAAACGUCCGGACCCAGGGCCGGACGGGCAGCCGGGCUUCGUCCGGCCCCGAGAGGCAGCCGUGCUAAGCGUGCCCCUCCGUGACCCGUGAGGCCGAGCACGGAGCCGGGGAGGGUCAGAGAGUCGGAUAAAGAAAUAAAUCUCUCUCUCCAGGCUUCCCUCGUCUGAGG